AUGGCCCUCGAUGCCCAAAGCAACUGGGAUGUGGAAAUGUCCCAGCCUCUCAAAAUCCCAAUUCGAAGCGUUAACGCAAAUUUGUUAUAUGCUGCUGGUCCUUCAGAUCCGUCUCAUGCUCAUCGGCGCCCUGAACCCUCCCGCGAAAUCCAUCUCCCGCUUGAGAUAAUCACCCAGAUCCUCGAAUAUAUACCGCGAACCUUUGCAAUGCAACGUACUCUAUGGGCCUGCACGCUAGUAUCGCGUCUGUGGUAUGCGUCAAGCAUUGCGCUUCUUUACGAGCACCCAUACUUGAGUGGCGCAAGUUUCAACGCAUUUGUUCGAACGAUAUGCCCCUCCAAGAAUGCUCAUAUCCGGCCAUCGUCUCUCUCAGUUCUCGUCAGACAUCUUGAUAUGUCUUCGCUGGUACAUAAUAGCAGCAGAAGUCUUACGGCACGGUUAUUGGGACGAUUAAAGGGAAACCUCGAGAGUUUCUUAGCUCCACAAGCUAGUUUCGGCAUCAACAGCUUUGCAGCGCUUAGCAAAUGUACGAAGCUCAAGAUGCUGAAUCUGAGUCUGAUUUCUGCUUCGAUCCCGAACAAGUUACUAUUUCAAACAUUAAAAUCGUUGCAAGACCUUGAGGUCCUUUUUUUCCCGAGAAGUUCUGGGGGUGACAAGUCUACCAUCAAAGAAGUCUACGUAUGGCCGCCGAGGAUGAAAGCUCUCCAUCUGGCUGGCGGGAUUGAUGACAAUUUCAUACUCGAUCACUUGUCUGAUGUUCCAGACUGUACGGAGAGGCUGAGCGUACAGCACUGCACCCAAGUCCAUGCCCACGCCUUGCUCACUGCUCUCGAAUCGAUUGGUCCCAGACUCCGAGAGCUAACGAUCAGAUAUCCAAUGUCGCGAUUAGAAUCGGGGCAACUUGACACGUUGCUGAUGAUUUGUCCCAAUCUCCUUGCUCUGAGAACUUUUGCGGAGUAUGUGACCAACGAUCUUCUAUCUUUUGUGUCGAAGCACCCGUUACGAAUACUCGAUGUAGAAGCAACCCCUUCAUAUCUGGCGGAGGGUGCUCUUCGUCCUGAGACUCUCUACAUGGCUGUUGAAGAUGAUCUACUGCCGGAUCUCAGGAGCGUACGUGUAAGUAAGAGGCUUGGGUGGAGGGAAACUCCAGCCUCACGGCAAGAUGUCAUUGAUCUAGAGGAAGCGAUGAACGAUCACGAGUCGGAAAACCCUCUCGGCUUGUGGACGGGCGUCUGGCAGGGUGACUAA